AUGGGAAAGGCCAAUUUUCAACGGUUGUGUGAUGGAAGUGAAGGUGAGGCAGAGAAAUAGAGCACACCGUUUUUCUCUUCUUCCACACCCAACUCUUCCUUCUCUAACUCUUAGUCUCAGAAAUUGGGCCAACACCAAAAAGUCAUUCAACAACCAACUCAGAGGCAUUUCUCUGAGAUGGAGGUUUCAACUUCUGGAUGUAUCCAAACAUCAACUCUCCACCAAACACCACUUUGUUCAUAUUUUAGAAGGGAACGAGAGCUUAGCUUCAAUUUCAAACAAGAAUGGAGAUCCCCCAAAUUCCAUUGUCAUAGAUAAUAAGAAGAUAGUGGACACGGAUCCAGAACAAAAGGGGCAGAAUAUCAAGAUUCAAAACCCUCGAGUAGUAAGCAAGAUUAGAGAUGCGUUUCAAUUAGAAGAAAAGCUCCAAAAUGCUUUGAAUGGACUUCAAAUCUAUAAGAAGCUUUUUGCGCUAGCCUCCUCUCGUCUACCUCCUGUAAAUUUCUUUUUCUCACCAGAAGCUAGAACCACUAGUUUUAUAGUUUUGGUUCCUCUUGUAAUAUUUUGUACCAGAUGCAUAAUUGGUGCUUCUUAUGCUAGAGUUUUUGGAACAUUGAAGCUUAAAGCCAUUAAUAAACAAGAGGGAGAACGUCACAAGUUUAGAAGCGGGCACUGGAGAUCUGCUCUUCGUGAUAUAAGAGAAUUGGAUGGUUUGGAUUGUGAGGCCCCCAUAGAUUCUACUAGUCCUUCAGAAGAUGAGCAGAUCUCAGUUGAAGAUUUAUCACAUGCUUACAAGAAACUAGACCAGGAUUAUGAAAAAUUUCUAUCAGAAUGUGGACUAAGUAAAUGGGGCUACUGGCGUGGGGGUACCCAAAGACCUGAGCAGGAAUAGGCAAUGUUUGUAGAACUUAUAUGAGUUUCCUUGCCAGCCAACAGGGGGUAGGCUAUGGAGCUGUGAGUUCUAGUAGAAAGAAGCAUAGCAACAGUUUUUCACGUGUAUUCUGAUAGACUAGAUUUUCAACAACCCAACUGAUGUAAUUAAACUUGAAGUUGAACAAAAUUUAUGCAUAAUGCAGCAUCCCAUUUACAA